GAAAGGAUAUCGAAUGCGAUAUUCCGAGAAAGGAUGUCGCCUGGCCAUCCAUUGCUACCAUCCAGCCGACGCGACCUCUUUGUUCGACAUCCUAACAAAGGCUUCUGUCGUUGCAAGCUAGCACUCACCAACCUUGCGAGAAGUUUGUCAUAGUAUUAGUGGCCGGGUCACGCGCAUCUGAUUGCUCACAAAACUCACCGAUUCUAGUCUUGUCCCCCAAUACUGAGGCGGCUUCAUUGAGCUCCGUCCCGUAACUCUAAUUACCUUCUACCGGCCCAGCCAACCUUUACAAGCUCAGUCUAAACACUCGAACUGCUCAGGCGACAUACUUACAUGCCGUAGAUUCAAUAGGAAGAAACAAUUUCCGCGACCCCGCAAGACUCCAAGCCCCCUCAAAAUCCCAUCCUUCUCGCUCGUUGGUAGACUUCACCUAGCACGUCGAUUGAUACGAAUAGUAUGGAAGAGAAGUCACAGUCAGCGCGUGAGAAAGACGAUCGGGGAAGCUCCAAUUCAGAUCCUAGCCCGCAACGUGUGGGGCUUCUAAAAUCAUUAAUCAUCAUAUUCUCUUUUACCUCCAAGCUGGAUUAUGUACUCCUUGUUCUCCCUGCUUUUCUCCUAUCUGUGCUAUCUGGUCUUUUACCCGCUUAUAUGACAAUAUUGGUUGGACAAGCCUUCCAAUUAUUCGCCGAUUAUACCAUCGCAAUCACGGGCGCAACCGACUCUGCUACUACUAUCAACCAGGCCAAGGAUACCCUACGGCAGCAAAUCGGAGAAGUGGCUAUUAAACUCGUCUGUCUAGGUUGUGCAACUUUCCUUCUCAGUCUAGCAACCCAUACCCUCUGGGCUAUCAACGGCUCAAAAAUCUGUGAAAAGAUUCAAACAACUGUCUACGAUGCGGUCUCUCAAAGAGAGCUUGGCUGGUUCGAAAAUGGAAUGAAAACGAGAUACCAAUUUUUGGACGAAGAGUCAGAAGACACUGAGAGUCAUCCAACAGAUGAUCGUUUUGUGACUUCUCAAUCCCCAGCUGGUCUUAUGGCGCGGUUUGCCAGGCAAACAGAAGAUAUCCGAGCCGCGAUUUCUGGACGUUUGGGGAUGAUCAUUCAGUACACCGUAACUCUGCUAGUGAACACAAUCCUUGCUUUCACCAAGUCAUAUAAGCUUAGCCUUGUGAUCCUCUGUACGAUACCCGUCGUGACCAUCUUGACGGCACUAUCGGCUAAGUUGACGGGACCUUUAUUCCAAAAACAGAGUCUCCUUGAAUCUACCUUGUCUACGGAAAUUGGAAGAAUGGUUAAGACGAUCUCAAUUGUAAAAGCUUUUAGCGCACAACCUCUCGAAAUAGUCAAGCUCGUCCGUCUGUCCUCCCAGCUGUCAAAGAACUACAUGUCUUUCGUGCGCAUUUUGGCAAUCCGUUUGGGGUUGUGCCAAUGCCUCUCUCUUUUGAUGUUUGUACAAGGCUUCGGCUUCGGUUCAAAGUUAAUAACCGAUCAAGAAGUUACGACGGGGGACGUCAACACUGUCUUUUGGUCUUGUCUAGUGGCGAGUUCUUAUCUUCAAAUGCUCAUGCCUAUGUUGACCUUCCUCGAGAAAGCCCAGCUGGCAAUCCUUAACUUGAUGGCGCUUAUGGACCAGUCUUCGGGUUCAUUGAACUCCAAAUCACUUGAAGAAACUCUGAAGACUGACUAUCCCUCUGACAAGGCCACACCACCAAACGAGAAGCCCGAUUUACCCCCAAGGUUGGUUCCAUUGAGCACGCUUCAACAAACGAAACACCGGUCACGCGCGUUGAUUCGCUCUUGGUCGCCGACCGCAUCCACCGUUACAUCCUCAUCCGCGAACAAUUUCAAUGCAGAAAAGACCAGAAACGCUCCCAAAGCAUCAUCGUGCGGAGCUCUUCCAACCCAAUCCAUGAUCCCUAAUCCACAGCCUCUAGUCCGAACCAGAGUCACUAAACCAGUGCCCCCAGAGUGGCGCCUCUCCCGAAAAUCGCGCAUGAGACAUCUGAGGAAGCUGAUACCAGCAGAUUUCAAAGGGCAACUCGAAUUGAAGGCUGUCACGUUCUAUUACCCUUCCAACGAGCCCACACUGUACAAAUUUCCGCCUAAAUCAUCGGUUUUAAUCACUCAAACUCCGAACAAACCCAACCUAGAUGAUGUAUCCAUGUUCUUUCCCUCGGGAGAUUUCACAUUCAUCAUCGGGGAAUCAGGAAGUGGAAAGUCAACCAUUAGUGCUGUCCUGAUGGGCUUGUAUCCCAUCUUGAAGGGUUCAGUUGAAGCUGAUGAACUCGGGGCGAUUGGUUGGCUGGACCCCGACUGGUUCCGAAAUCAAAUCUGUCUUGUCAGUGGGCUGACUUCCGCCUUUCUACUACCUGGGACACUCCACGAAAACAUUGCGAUCGGCGUCGGAAGUACUCGCGACUGGCGUACCGUCUCGCGUCUAGAAGUCAUCCAGGCCGCUAAGUUUGCGCUUCUACACGAAUUUAUAAGCGACUUGCCCGAAGGUUACGAUACCAAGUUGGACUCUGAAACGGACGAGCAAACCUCGGGGAAUGAGCUUCCCAGCGGCGAAAGUGGUUCUAGGGGAGUUCAGAGUCUCAGUGGAGGGCAGAAGCAAAGGCUCGGUCUGGCACGCGCUUGGAUCCGCAACGCUCCUAUCUUGAUCCUUGAUGAAGCUACCUCGGCGCUAGACUUGACAACGCAGGCUUUGAUGUAUGAUGCAAUCCGACAAUGGCGGUCCAACAAAACUACAAUCUGCAUAACACACGACCUCAAGCCCAUCGGACCGAAAGAUUAUGUAUAUGUUAUGCAGUCAGGUCGGAUUGUUCAAAGCGAUUAUCGAUAUAAACUUGAAGCUCAACCUACUUGUGUCAGCCUGUUUAAGCAAAUGGCAAGAAGAUCAACAAAUUCUAGAAAAGCAUCGAUGGCGACUGCGCCCAAGGUCAAAUUCCAGUCAAGCCUUCCGCGAAUGUCUGAUCAAACUUGGGAGACGAUAGAUACAGCCGAACUAAACGAAAUCGAAGAGUUAAAUCGUAACGCUCAUAUCAGGUUCUCUGUGCCUCCAGAAGACGGCCUUGGCUCUCGCUCAAAUCCUCCCCCGGCAACACGAAAGCGAAUGACAUUUUUGGAUGGAUUCAUACAUGCUCUGAAAUCUGACGGAAGUUUCCUUGGUCCUCAGCAAAGCGCCCUUUCCCAAGGAUUCUCGUCCCCUCAGAAUGCCUGGCGACGUUCAGUUCGAACUUCAACUCUGGAGGAGGGAAAUUCUAUUCGAGAGCGACGUCCCUCGCUCCGAUCUAGUUUUUCCGCUGAAGAAUUGACAAAAAAUUCCUUGCAGAAAACGCGAGGCUCAAGAUCUUCGAGAUACUCGAUGGACCUCUUCAAGUUGAAUGGCGGCCAGCAUCCAGGAAAUAAAACAAGAAGGUCCAAAGUUCUGAGCACAGUGGAGCAAGAGGAUGACGAAUACCAAGAGUUCACUGCCUCAGUCAUGCUACAAGCCAGCAAGAUAGCCUCAAGUCGCAGAAAUCAAUUCAGCAUCCAGAUUGACUCUAAUGCAGACAGCGGGGAUAUUUUAACUACAGAAAGACGGAAAAAAUGGUCCCCUGAGGAAUUAGCAAAUGUAGACGGCGACCGCCCAGAAACAGUGCCUCAUAAACCCAAAUGCAGAUUUAUCCGAAAACUUCAUCACAAGAUCAACAUGCCCACUUCCUCCACAUCCACCUGGUCAAUCGCUCAGCUAGUGAAAAAUAUCGCCCCCACGUUCAAUCAAAAAUGGCUGACCUUUUUUGGCUGCCUUGUCAGCAUUGGCUCGGGAGCAAUUACGCCUCUAUUCUCUGUUGUCUUGGGAAACCUACUGGGUAAAAUUGCCAACCCGCCUCCUGGUUUUCUUCUCCAAAACUCGAUCUAUAUCAUUGUCAUCGCAAUCGUCGACGGGAUACUUGCAUUUUUAAGAAUAUUCAUAAUGGAGAAGGCGAGCACAAUGUGGCUCGAGAGCAUGCGUAGUGUUGCAUUUGAAAAAAUCGUUUUGCAAGAUCAAGAGUGGUUCGAUAGGAGUGAGAAUUCUCCCCCAAAUUUAAUCAGUCGUCUGAUUAAAGACGGGGCCGAUUGCAAGGAUCUUAUCGGCCAGAUAUUAGCCGACAUCUUGACCGUUGUCACCCUGAUUGCCAUUACCUUUGUUUGGGCUCUAGUUAUAGGGUGGGAAUUAACCCUUGUGGGCUUGUCACUAGCGCCGAUAUUCUUCUUCAUCGUCGGUGGGUGCGGAAAGGUUAGCUCUAGGUUUGAACAGCUCAAUAAGAUUUUGAGAGAACAAGUUGCGAACCAAUUCCAUCUGACCAUUAGUAAUACCAAAGCGAUUCGCGCAAUGUCACUCGAGCCUCUCAUGCGAGAAAGAUUUGUUGAGUAUUCAAUCAAAUCUCGAAAAAUGUUCAUUCGGUCCUCCCCUUUACAUGGUAUAUCAUCCGGGCUAAAUAUUGCCAUGACGUAUUUGGCCGACGGUUUGUUAUUUUACGUCGGGGCGGCAUUGGUAAUGAAAGGUCUUUACACCUUUGAAAAGUUGCUUCAGGUUUUCUCGUUGAUAAUCUUUUCAGUAACUUUUGCUGGUCAAAUCGUUGGUACAGUUCCUUCUUUUUCAAAAUCAGUGAGGGCUGCGAUGGAUUUGAUCCGACUCGUCUCAUUACCAAUUGGAUCCAAAGAGACAAAAGGCGACUUGAGAAUGCCACUCAAGGGCCAGAUAGAGUUCCGCCAAGUCGAUUUCACUUACCCAUCAAGACCAGACUUUCCUGUGUUAAAGGGUGUAUCAUUUGUGAUUCAGCCCGGUGAAUGUGUGGGUAUUGUAGGGGCUUCUGGUUCCGGAAAAUCAACCAUAGCCGCCUUACUCCACAGGCUCUACGAGCCCAAUUCAGGCUCUGUCAGACUGGAUGGCUUCAACAUCUCACAGAUUGAUGCACGUCAUGCAAGGGAGCAAAUCGGAAUGGUUACUCAACAUGCAGUCCUGUUUAACGCGACGGUAUUCGAGAAUAUAUCUUAUGGCCACAUGCCGCGUACCCGAGCGAACAAUAAUUCGGAAAACAUGAAGAAACACAUCAUCAAGACUGAAGUUGAGCCCGUAAUAGAACAGGUGCAUUUAACUGACUUCAUAAAUCGUCUACCUCUGAAGUUGGAUACGAAGAUUGGCGAGAACUUCGACCUUAUUUCCUCUGGUCAAGCUCAAAGACUAUCGAUAGCUCGUACACUCUUGAACAAGAAUCGGAAGAUUUUGGUCUUUGACGAAUGCACUUCGGCUCUAGAUGCCAUCAAUCAAACAGAAAUACUCAAGACCAUUAUGGAAGUCAAGACCGGCAAAACUUCGGUCAUCAUCACCCAUAAAGAGGAUGUCAUGAAGUUGUGCGAUAGGCUCAUCGUGAUGGACAAGGGGCGUAUUGUAGAACAAGGGACUUAUCAGGAACUUAUCGUCAAGCAGAACGGGAUUUUGAGCACUCUGAGCAAAUGCGGAGAAUAUACCGCUUAAUCCUACCCAACCACUUUCACAUAAACCACACUGUCUCUUGCUUCAUUAAUUUUAGUUUCAUUCAGCGCAUAAUUUAUAGUCUUCUUACUAUUGUGAAUAUUCGAUUCCACAUUUCAAAGUAUUUGUAGCUUAUGACAAUCUCUUUCACUUGCUAUUCUUUUGGGUGAUUGGUUCAAUCUUGUAUUUAUUAGUCUUCUCUUGAAGAAAGCUACUUUUUUGAAUGAGCAAUCAAGGAAUGAUAUUUUGAGUUGCUCUCAAUUUUAUUAUUGCAUUGC